AUGCAGCCAACACUUGCACCAGCACCGCACCCCAUGCGAUUAUCAGGGCAGGACAAUGUCUCGGACCAGACUCUCCGAGAGCAGCUGCUCGCCCAGGUGCAAAACCAUCAUCUUCCUCAUCAUAGACCAGAGCAUCAGCUGUCAAAUACUGCGAGUCCCCACCACCACAAUAUUGAUCCUGCGAUUGCGGGAACUGGCGUCAUGAACCAAGGUGCUGGUGACAGCGGAGGCGAUGACGGCGCCAGCGAUGGUAGGAAAAGUGGCAAGCGUGAAUUAUCGACGUCAAAACGUGCGGCGCAAAAUAGAGCAGCUCAGCGCGCGUUCAGACAACGAAAAGAAGGGCACAUCAAAACCCUGGAGACGCAAGUGAGGGAAUUCAACAGCCUCAGUGAAAAUUUUAAAGCUCUACAAUCAGAGAACUAUCAGCUGCGUGACUACAUCAUCAGCCUCCAAUCUCGCCUCCUCGAGUCCCAAGGCGAAUAUCCACAACCACCGUCGAACAUCGACAUCCCUCAUCCUCGGACUUCGGGUCCCCCUACUCAGCAGAUUCCAGCACCCACAGCUCCAAUGGGAUCAUCGGCCGCAAGUCAGCUUCAAGCUUCUGCUGCUCAAGCUGUCGCAGACAUGAGUGGAGGCAGAAACCAACAGGACGAAUCUCCUUAUAACAGAGGAAACAACCCGAACAAAAGGACUCGAGUUGGCGAGGAUACAGAGAUGCGCUCUGCGCCUCAGCCUCCGCAUGCUGAUAACAGGUGA